AAGCAUGCCCUGCGUCGGCAGCCAAACUUCUAUCGUGACCUGAAAAGGUCAUCGAACUUCGAAGGUGACGACCAGCUCGUCCGCAACUCGGAAACAGACAAAUGCCAAGGAGGACUUGGCCGCUGAAUACUUUUACAUGUUUUGUGGGCGAUCUCCGACUUUGAGAUAAUGGCAUCUUCGAAGAAUUCAAAAGAUUGGAUCCGAAGUUUCUCCGUCACAGACCCUACCAAACACGAGAAAGGCUUUACUGUGUACAAAGUGACUUACAGGGCAUUCUCCUUGGCAAAACCUGAAGAAAUAGUCGAGACGGUGGUGUGGAAACGCUACAAUGACUUCAAGAAGCUGCACAAGGCACUGUACCAGUUACAUUACAACUUACGGAGGCCUGAGAAGUUUCCGGUGUUUGCAAAAGCUAAAUUCUUUGGUCGAUUUGAUGAUGAUGUUGUCGAGGAGAGACGUCAGAGUGCCCUUAACCUGCUGGAAUUUGUGGUCAAAAUUGCUCCUCUCACACGGAGCAAUUUCUUUCGAAAUUUCUUUGAGGGAGGAGAAGAGGUCUCAAUAAAUCAGUCUCCUCCAGCACCCAUCCUGAAGCCCAAAGUUCUCGCCCCCAGCUCUGUCAAUGGCACGUCCCGCUCCCGAAGUCCUCCCAGCUGGGAUUCAGCAUCAUCCAAUCCAUCGGAGGGAAGGGAGCUGGCCUUCUCCGAGGGGCAGUCCAGCAGCCCCUCCCUGGGUGGUGUGUGGCUGCACAGGCAAAACGAAGAGGACAUCACAGAAUACGGGACGGUUGACUACGACGAUGAUGAUGAUGACCGUACCACAUUUAGUGAAGACUCAGUACCAUCCACUCCGCUCCCACAACUACAAGACAUGUCAUUGUUUGAUCCCCUCUCAGAUACAGAGCCCUGUGGUCCAGCCAAGUAUACUUCAGUACCCCAAAGCAACAGCUGGCUAUUCCAAGCAAUGGACAUGUGUGCAGUACUCAACGAGGACUCCUCGCAGGACUCACCGGAUAACUCCACGCCGGCAAACUCCACCACCGAUCUGUCCACAGACAGCGGUAUCACUAUCAACUUCCCCAAGGGACCGGAUACAUCAAGCACCGCCACAACCAGCCCUAGAGAGCAGGCAAGAGGAGGCACAGAGGUGCCCUCUGACUCGGUCGAAGACCAGAAGAAUGACCGUAAUACCAUGGCCAGGGCCUACCUGCAUUGCAUCAGGGCUCAGCAGGCAGCAGAGAGGGAUGCUAUGUACCCAGGAGGUGGCAUGGUGGACUCCCGCUCACCCGAUGUCAAGCCCAGGUUGGAUGGGAUAGGAGGGGUGGGCGUAGGACCUGUUACGGUAGGAGGAGAGGAAGACUACCUUUAUCAAGCAGCUGGUCACAUCAGUCUGGCACUGGAGAAUGAGGCUAACGGGAGCUACCAGGCGGCCUUUGACCUUUACAAGUCGGGGGUCGGUGUGCUACUCAAAGGCGUGAUUGCGGACGACAAUAAAAACCGACGUGAGGCAGUUCGCAGAAAGACGGCCCAGUAUCUCAUGAAAGCUGAGGAUUUAUACAACAAGUAUCUGUCAGCGGAUGCCACCAACAGCAAGAGAUGGGAGUCAGAGCAACCCAGCAUCGAUGUUGACCCUCGAUCGGCCCACCUCAGAGGCUCCCAGGAGGAGCUCAAGAACUAUAAGGUCCUUGGCCUGAUUGACAGCGUGCUGCUAGUUCUUGACACGGUCACCUAUCAGACUUUUGUCAUCAAGGUGCUGGUGAAAUCAUCCACCCCCACCAAGCGAGCCUCCUAUGCGCCGGCCAACUGCAGGUACGUUGUCAAGCCCUACAGGUUCAUCGAGACGGACGAUGCCAUCUUCGUUGUGCUGGAACAUGCCAGCGGCGGGAAGCUGUGGAGCUACGCGAGCGCCUUCCUGAACCGGGGGACUGAAUCAUCCCUCAAUCAGGCCGUGGCAGGCAGCCUGGAGAGGAAAAGCAUUGGGAGUUGUGGGUCGCGGCGGUCGCGACACAGCACGGCCAGCGGCAGGGAGGACCAGAAAUUCCAGGAGGAGAUUGAUGAGGAGAGCGUGUUCGCGGAGCUGGGAGACCCUGGAGGUGUGACCUUAGCUCCUCCCCCUGCGCACCGAUUUGGCAAUUUCGUCAGUAGUGCUCAUGACAGUCCUGGAGAUAGUGAUUUCACCUCGGGUGUUUCCCCUGGUGGAGAAAACAGCUACGCCAAUCUCAUUAUUGACUAUGGGGAGAAUUCUCAUGAGCCUACUGCGGGCGAUGGGGCUGGCUUCAGUAAACAAGAUGUGAUGGAACCAGCGCCUCUAGUUGUGACAGACUCCAUUUCACGUGAGUUGGACGACCUUGACAUUCAGGACACGGAGGCAAACUUGAACGACCUCGCUAACCAGUGCUCACAGUACGACGGCUUCGCAGGAUGCAAUGGUGUCAGCUUAGGCAUGCUAAGUGGGACUGAUCUAGAAAAGGGCAAAAGCAAAGACAGAUUGAAUGAAGCUGCCACUGCCCCCAUGAAUCUGUUUAGCAUUGACAGCAUAGAGAGCUCAGGCAGUGAAUUGCACAGUGCCAGCAGUGCUGACAAGACGGUGUUUGGUUUUGGCACUCCACCUGCAAGUCCCAAAGUGGAAUCCAGCGAUGGCGACGGUUUAAGAACUGACAGAAUUCCCGAAAAGAAAACAAGUCUGACAAUGUGGGUGGAGCAUAAUCCCGAGGAUGUGAUUGCAGAUGCUCUGAAGGUCAUGGAAGAUUUGGAAAAAGAUAACCUGGAAGAUUUCAGAUUGGACACAGAAUCUUUAAGUUACAACAUCAGGUCCUCGGAAUUUGACGAAUUUAACGCACGACCACCAAACACGGGCCAGUUGGACACCUUGCCCGACACCAGUGGAUUUGCCUCCGCCAUGACUGAUGAUGUGACAUCAUCCAAACCAGGCACUGACCUGGCCGAGUUUUUUGACACUGGUUCAGUGGAAGAUGCAAGGACGUGUUCAGAGACCAAAAGACCCCCUCUUGUGAGGCACAGUGUUAGUAUGUACGAGAGCGGGACGCAUAGUGACAGCCCACUGAGACAAAGACAGCAUUCAAACCCGCUUGACCUCAGAGUCACAAGAAGGGCAUCCCUUGAAGGAGGAAGAUCGGACGACUCGCUUUCCUCCUUGCUGCGGGUCAAGGUUGAAGAACCCAGUGGCUUUGAAUCUCUCUCCCUGUGGGAAGCCAAAGGCAGAGCAGUUACUGAGAGCAAGACCGAGUCCCAUCUCGGUGAGAUUCUCUGCAAGCCUACCCCAGACAUGCUGACUGGAGAUAGGAAACAGGUGUCUUCAACAGCCGUGCAGUCUGAAGUCCACCCCAACCAACCUGGCCAAGUCCCACCACGGGAUGUUAGCCUUGUCACACCCAAUAAUCCAUACACAGCAAGCCAGGUGCACAGCAAUCCAGCAGCCCAAAUUCCUGCCAUUCAACCUCCUGUCCACCCAAUGAAAAAUUUAUCACCAAUGUCCAAUCUGGAGGGCUCUGAAGUCACCAUAUACAGCUCAUGUGAAUCCACUCCCAAGCAUGCUAUCUACUCCCCAGACUAUGACAGUGGUACUGUGAUGGACUCCCCUAACAUGGAAAGCCCAAAUCCGAGCUCAACCAAUGGGCAGGGCCUAGUCGGUGGCACUCAUGAAUAUUCAAACACAAAUGGCAUGAAAGAUUCACUGGGUGAUAACGACACCACUCCAACUCACCACACUGCUGCCCUUCACCCAGGCAAUGCAGCAAUGACUAGCAACCCCAAACCAAAACCUCGCGAUGCCCCCCUGCCCUCUCUUACCACUCUGUUUGCUCAAAUGGACGAACAAGUAACGGUCACGAAAUCCAGUACCUUGCCAGAGUCCUGCGUUCGCCUCUGGGCUGCCGAGAUCCUGCUAGCCUUGACAGACCUGCAUGCCACUGGUAUCAUCUGCCAGGAUCUUCACCCCGACAACAUCCUGCUUGCGGAAGGCGGCCACAUCCGACUCACCUAUUUUAGCCAGUGGCAGUAUGUGGAAAGUUCACUCAGUGCUCAUGCCAAGGAACACUUUUACACUGCCCCUGAAGUGAACGGUAUCUUCAGUGUCACCCCAGCUUGUGAUUGGUGGAGCUUUGGGGUCCUGCUGUUUGAACUUCUCACGGGCACGUCCUUGCACAGCUGUCAUCCCAGUGGGCUCAGCUCACACACUCAGCUCAACUUGCCAGAUCACAUAUCACCAGAGGCAGCUAGUCUGCUCAAACAGUUGUUACAAGUCAACCCCUUGGAGAGGCUUGGUAGCCAUCGUGCUGGUGGCGCUGAGGAGAUCCGCCUCCACCCUUUCUUUAAGGACAUCAACUGGACCAGCUUACAGAAAACAGCUCACUCCUGAACGCACCCAGCAACCCUGCCCUUAACAAGUGUUUCUGGCUUUAAUAUAAGAUUCAUGCCAACGUCUGGCCGUGUGUUGAAUGCCAGUCCAAGUACUGCCUAGCUGCAUAUAUAGCUAGCAUCAGUCAACUAUUGUGAUUCACCGUUGUUUGAAUCCAAUUGUUUAAUACAUCCCAUGUUAGCUCCAUUCGGUUGCUUCUUUCAAACUGCCCAGAAUCCUUCAUACUGUAUCUGAAAGUAACGUGACUGGUGCUGUUAUUUUUUGGAAUAAUAGAAUUUGUUUUCAUGUCAUAUAAUUUGAUCAACUAUCGUUAUUUUGACUACAUGGGGAUCAAGACCCUAGCAUGUGCAAAGUGGGCAAGUCUUAGUGUGAUUUGGAUUGGGAUGGUCUAUCCAUUCAUGCUAUUACUGUACCAAAUGAUGACAGGAUUGUGUAACCUUGGGGCUUAUAUUUGAUUGUUAUCCAAGGCUGAAAUCAUUGAUAUUUUUUUGGUGUUAUAUUUGGUGACUAUGCUUAAUCUACUUAAUACAUUUUUAACAGUGCAAUUUUGAUAUCUGAAAAGCUUACUUUACUUAGGACAGAAUGGAUGGGGUGAGAUUACUACAGUUUAUGUUGAAUAAUAUAAGAAAUAGGUAUUAAAAAAUGUAGAAUUAAGUAAUAUGGUGUAAGUCUUAUGAGUUUGGUUCACACUACAUCUAGAUCCUCGAGGAGAGAAUGGUAAAUAGAUGGUGUUGUGAAGAUGGUUCAUUUCAUACUCCAGACCAGACUGCCCCUGGCUUUGGUAUCUGCAUGAUGCCUUACAUACUUGGACAUUACAGUGCUUUCAGAGGUCAAAGGGCAUCAGCCUGUUGGCUUUGUGCUUGCGCAAAAGAGUGUGUAAUGUGGCGAUGACGUUUUAUAGAGCCAAUGUGACACUGCAUGCAUUUGUGCACAAAUGUGCGACACCGUGUGCACUAAGUUAAUACAUUCAGCUAGUUUUCAUCUGAAAGUGCUUGAACCCAUCUGGUUGCAUGACCUCUGGGCAAUACAGCAACUGAGGCAUAAAAAACUAUGUUGGCCCUGCCUUGUUUCUAUAUGAAAUCUGUACUGUUCCCACCUUGGAAGCCACUGCCUUUAUGCCAAGCUCUGAUUUACUCAUCUUAUAAUUUCCUUAGAACUUAUGAUGUGUGGAGUCAUACUACUGUGUGUAGUUAUUACUAAUGCCAGUCCUAUGCACAGUUUUGCACAUGAAUUAUUGAUCAACCUAAAACCAAAUACGUUUUUUGCUUUCGUAUCUUUUGCAGUUUUUUGUCAUUUAGGGAAAACAUUUAAUUUUGUUUGGGAAGAUUUGUUGGAUUACAUUUUUCAAGGACAGAUGUGAGGAAUAUCUAAAUGUGCCCAUUAUUUUUGAAAAUGAAAGGGAUUUUUUUAUAGUUACUCUUCAGCUGGCUGUAAGGAAGUUAUAGAAGGACAGAGACAGUGAACUCUACUCUUUGAGAAGAAAUUCUGCAAAAUACUUAUUGCGAUCAAAUGGAAAUUACCUGCUUUUUCAAAAUAACACCUUAAUGAAGUUUAAUUGUUUAUGAAUCAUUUUGUUAUAGCUGUAUUGUGCUGAAACUUGUAGGCUCAAACAUAUUUGCGGUUUCCCCCAAAAAACUGCUUCCGUGAUAUGUGUCAGGUUUGAAUUUAGCACUCUAAUUUUGUAUCUGAAACUAUAUUUGAAGAAUGGGUUUUAUUUUCCCUGCCUGUUUUAAGACUUGGGUCACAGACCAAAAGAGUUUGGUUAGUUGUUGAAAAGAUGGAAUGUCAUUUCAGCAUUUUAGUUGUUGUAUGUUGUGGUUAAGGAUGAAGCAAGGGUGAUUUCUGCUGUGUCUCCGCGGCUUUGCAGGCACAAUAUAGUAGAACUAUUUUCUUCCUACAAUAAUGUGGAAUAUACCAAUUUCACGUCACAAAUCUGUACUGUACAAGCAAGUGAACAUUACAUGUACAUGUAUUUACAUGUCUCUGUACUAACUAAUUAAGGACCUAUCUUAAUGACUGAACCAAAGGUACCAUUUCACUACAAAACGAGCUACGAUCCUCAUAGUUUCUGACUUAUCAAAGCUGUGAUUUGUCUAACAUGCAUAGUCACUGUGGAUGGGGCCGACUUUAUCAAUCUUAUAAAUAUCACACUGAAUAUCAGAUUUCUGGUUAAUAACAAUAGCAGAACCAAAUUUAGGGUGGUAUGUGGUGAUGGGGGGAUUGUGCAUUGGACUAAUCAGAGAAUUCCAACUCAAAAGUAAGGAAGUGAAAACUUGAAAGUCAUCUCGCCAUUUACCAUUUUCUGUUUACUUGGUCAUCUGAUGUUCAUCCUUUAGCCUGCAAAGGUUUCCCCCAAAACUGUAUGAACACCUUCAGCAGAAGUAAAUAUUUUGACUUUUCUUUUUAUUUCAAAUAAUGCAAACCCUACAUUUAUUUUCAGGUAUAUUAAUCUUGUGUAUUUACAAGUAAUAAAGGCAUACUGCUCAAAUUUAAAA